ACAGGGACAGUGGUAAACUCUUAAUCUACACUAAAGGAAUCCGUUGCCUGGUUCACAGGACCCCCAGCGGCCACCCCGCAGCUCCGCAUCAGCAGCACCUUCUCCCUGGCCGGCCCGGCCGGCGAUGCGGGGCAGGCGGAGCAGGCUUGGCGGCAGACGCGCAGCAGGAAGGCGAGGCUGGACUCCAAGCUCGGGGAGUCCGGGAACAAGUCUCGGGACAAGGCGGCCCCGCGGAAGCACCGAGCAGGCAACUCCAAGGCGGGGCGACACGUGUGUCAAGUGUGCGGCAGGUACUGGCUAUCAGCUACUGACCUGGAGAGACAUGCGAGGAAGCACACCGGAGAGAAACCGUACGAGUGUGAUGAGUGCGGGAAGAAGUUCACUCAGAAGGGUAAUCUUGACGUGCACAUGAGGGUCCACACUGGAGAGAAACCGUUCGAGUGUAAUGUGUGCGAGAAGAAGUUUUCUAUGAAAGAGGAUCUUAAGCGGCACACGAGGAUCCACAACGGGGAGAAGCCCUACGAGUGCGACGUGUGCAAGAAGAAGUUCGCUGUGAAGGGUAAUCUCGAUGCGCACAUGAGGGUUCACACUGGUGAGAAGCCUUACAAGUGUGAUGUGUGUGGAAAGAAGUUUUCGUGGCCAACUCUUUUUGCAGCACACAAGCGAAUGCACUCUGGGGAGAAACCGUAGAGUGUGACGUGUGUAAGGAAAAGUUCACUUGGAAGGAAGGUUCUGACUUGCACAGGAGGCUUCCCACCGGAGGGACGCCUUAAGUACAGAGAACUGUCAGUGUCGUUGUCCCUUGCCCACGCGCUUAUUCAUGUGUGAUGCAAGGGUUUGAUUCGUACAGUGGUCGGUUUUCUGUCUUUGUCUCGGAGGAUUGACUCAAUGUGCCCGCGGACACUGCGAACAGUUUAGGAUUCGUAUUUUCUCGCCUCUAAAAUUUGUUUCUUUACCAGUUAUCUGUAAAACGUAUUGGCUCGCUGGUGCUUUAUUUUGUAAGACACUGUUGACACGGUAGCUAAACGUUCUACAUGUGGCAGUGAAUUGUUCUGUCUCAUUUGUCAUUUUUCUAUUAGCCAUUGAAAGCAUUAUACUAAAAGCUUUGUUAUUGAACUAAUAUUUCGUUUCCCUUUCCCAUGGCGAUUUUGU